UCUCUGAUGACUGACACACGAUUUAUACUGCUGUAACAACUAACUAGACGGAAAAUGAAAGAGGGAAGAAUGUUUUGCCGGUAAUUUAAAAUAAAAUUCAUCGGAAACAAAAUCUUGCAACAAUCUUUACCACCAUAAAGACAGCGUAUUUUUCUUACCAAGGGAAAGUCAAACCAAGAUUUUAAGUAUUUUUUUAAGCUGGUAGGUGGUCCUUGAAUUUCACUCUCUGCUCUGAACUCAGAUUCUAGGGUUUCAGUUUUCUUAAUACCUCCUAUCAUGGCAGUCUCUAAUCAUUUCACUGCAAUCUCAUCAAGAAUCCUAAAAUCUUCACCUCCAAAAGCCUUCGUUACCAAUCAACAAAGAAUUCCCUCAAAAACCCAAGUGAAUUUCAAUCUCAGCUCCAGAAAUCCAGUACAUAAUCUCUUCUACAAUGCUAACAGUUUUCAGAAACCCUCAACUCAGUCUCUUCCUUACCCUAAUUACAAUCCAAUUAAAAAUCUAUUCACUGGGAUCGUUGAAGAAAUGGGUGAAAUUAAAAAAUUAGGCUAUGCUGAAGAUGGUGGAUAUGAGAUGAAAAUCUCUGGAAAUGUUAUUCUUGAAGAUGUUAAACUUGGUGAUAGUAUCUCAGUUAACGGUACUUGUCUUACGGUCACUGAAUUUGAUAAAAAAGAAUCUGAUUUUUCAGUUGGAUUAGCACCAGAAACCCUAAGAAAAACUUCAUUGAUCGAGCUCGUACCGGGUUCACCUGUUAACUUAGAAAGAGCUUUACUGCCGAGUACUCGAAUGGGUGGUCAUUUUGUUCAAGGGCAUGUGGAUGGUACUGGUGAGAUUGUAUCAUUAGAAUUUGAAGGUGAUUCAUUGUGGGUGAAAGUGAAAACACCACCAGAAGUAUUGAAAUUUAUUGUACCUAAAGGGUUUAUUGCUGUGGAUGGAACCAGUUUGACUGUUUGUAAGGUUUUCGAUGAUGAAGAAUGUUUUAAUUUCAUGUUGGUUGAUUAUACUCAGCAAAAUGUUGUUAUUCCUUUAAAGAAGGUUGGGCAAAAAGUUAAUUUGGAGGUUGAUAUUCUUGGGAAGUAUGUUGAGAGGCUUCUUCAAAGUGGCUUCACUAGCAACAUUGCACCCAAAUAAUCCUUCGCUAAAUUCUGGCUCUGAGGAAAUUCAAUUCUGUAUGAUAGGCUGUGGGGAGGUGUCCAUGGCAAGUCUGAUGAGCAUUUUUCUGUGAAGCAAAAUAUGAUCAAUUAAGUUUUAAAGAGUAGAGAAGAGCAUUACAUCAAAGGAAGGUUUUAUUUAUUUUUAAGUUCUAGGCUUCUGAUGGUCCAUGUGUGGAAGAACCAGGUUUGAACAAUUUCCUUUGAUUGGAUUAAAAAUGUCCCAGAACUUUAAGAUUCAAGUACAAGUAUGACUUGAUAGGGAUGAAUCAGGAAUCCUUCUUUUUAAUGGUAGUUCUUCUCAUUGAAUAUUAUUUUAAUUGUCAAAACAGUAAGGAACCUAAAUUAGUGGGUAAACCGUCUACUUGAUACUUCUCAACUGUUUUUCUUCAAACUGUACUUCAUUAUAUUUUCAAGGUUCGGUUUUCAUAGUGAUUCAGA